AGUGUUACACAGUAAUCUGAUGAUUUCUUCAUAGAACUACUGAGUAUUCUAUGAAAUGUCCUUAUUUGACAAACAAGGUUCAUAAUAUCAGUCAUAGCAGUGAGAAUGAAUAAUUAAUAAAAAACAUUCACAAAAAUACUUUUUGUAUUGCCUUCAUACAUCUAUUUAAGAUGGAUAUCACCAGGAGAAUUGAUUAUUAUUAUUGAAAAUGGAUAAUUUGAAAAAAAAAAGUUUCACGAGAAUAAUUAUUUUAUCGAUAGUAUUUUAUUGCGUUCACACAUUUAUAUACACGAUUGAGCGCACCAGAUGAAUUUUUCAUCGAAAUUUAUUCGGGAAAAUGCAAGAAUGUUAUCAAAUGGAAUCACCACCAUCUUCAAAGUGUGUGUAUUGGCAUUAUAUUCAACCUCCACAGCCGCAAAUCUCUAUAAUGACUUCAGAUUCAUAUCAUAUCAAGAUUUGCAAUCCUCCACCACUGGGUUUCAAUCAGAAGGAAACACGUCCUUUUCGCAAAUGUUAUUUGACGUAUCUAGAAACCAAAUCAUAGCAGGCGCAAGAGACGGACUAUACCGUCUGUCGUUAUCGAAACUGAAACUUCUAGAAUACGCAAGUUGGGCGUCACCAGAUACAAAGAGAAUGUCAUGUAUAUACAAAGGGCAGAGUGAGGAAAACUGUCAUAACUACAUCAAGGUACUUCUCAGCAAUGGUCGCCAAAUUCUAGCCUGUGGAACCAACUCGUUUUCACCCCAAUGCUCAUGGAGAGAGAUUGAUAAUAUAACAAAUAUAAGGGAUAUGAUAGAAGGCGUAGCAAAAUGUCCCUACAAUCCAUCCUCCAACGUGACCGCUUUCCUUUCAGAAGAUGGUGAAUACUACUUCGGAGGCCCUACUGAUUUUUCGGGCUCCGAUUCCUUGAUCUCAAAGAGUGUUGGUGCCACAAUACUCAGGACUAAACAGUACAAUCCUUACUGGCUGAACGAACCACAAUUCGUUGGCUCCUUUGAGAGUGACAGGUUCGUUUAUUUUCUGUUCAGAGAGGCUGCGGUGGAAUUCAUAAAUUGCGGUAAAAGCGUCUACUCGCGCAUAGCUCGGGUGUGUAAGAACGACCGUGGUGGUGAGCAUGCAAUGCUCCGAGAUAAUUGGACUACUUUCUUGAAAGCUAGGCUGAACUGCUCCAUAAGUAGCGACUACCCUUUUUAUUUCGAUGAAAUUCAGAGCAUGUCCUACGUAGCUAACGAAAACAUAGUCUACGCCACGUUUAGUACUGCUCCAAAUAGCAUAGCUGGAUCAGCAAUAUGUGCAUUCAAUUUGACAGCUAUCAAUUAUGCUUUCGAUGGUUCUUUCAAACACCAGCAAGACAUGGACAGCGCCUGGAGUAGCCAAACGAAUAACUACGUAGACCAUUUCAGUUGUGAACCUUCAAAGAGAGAAACCAAUCUACCUGAGACCUCGAAGUACCAGCUAAUGGAUCUGGCUGUGCAACCUACAACUCUCAAUCCUCUGCACGUAACCAUUCUGGAGAGGCUUACACACUUGACUGUAGAUAUAGUUGAAACUAAGCUAACUAAUGUCCAUGUAAUUUAUGUGGCUACAAGUGAAGGAAAGAUUAAGAAGCUGAGUUUGCUCCCUCCUUACAGGGAAACUUGUAUUGUAGAAAUAUGGCAAGCAGUUCCAGACGUAGCCAUUUCGAUUAAAAAUAUACAGUUCCUUAAAGAAACCAACUCAGUGUACAUAACUACUAGCGAGGGUUUGGCCCAGAUUUCUACAGAUCACUGCAACAGGCAUGUAUCCUAUGAGACCUGUAAGAAUGCGAUGGAUCCUUACUGUGGAUGGAAUGAAAGGGAGGAAACUUGUUCUGUAGCACCUGAUGGCAAUCCUCAUUCGGGAUUUUGGAGGCAACCAAUGAAUUCUUGCCCUGUUUUGGAUACGCCAGUUGAUGGAGGUUGGAGCACUUGGACGGACUGGUCCCUAUGUUCUCACCGAGUAUCCUCAGGAUCGGAACAAUCCGACUACUGCUAUUGCCAAACCCGCAGUUGCAAUAACCCCACACCUGCCAACAACGGAAAAGUCUGUACAGGCUCUCCGGUCCAAGUGGCCAAUUGCACAGUUCACGGAGGCUGGUCAGACUGGUCAGCUUGGUCAUCGUGUUCAGCAACAUGCGGCACCGCUGUCAAAACAAGGUCGAGGACUUGCACCAAUCCCGCGCCUGCGUUCGGAGGCAGAGUGUGCGUCGGCCAGGACCGAUCGGAAGCGUUCUGCGCAGAAUCUCCGCCUUGCCCCUCCCAACAAAUAGAUGGAGGAUGGGGUCCUUGGUCUCCUUGGUCAGCCUGCACUGUGGAUUGCGGUGGGGGGUACAGGCUGCGACAGAGGAAGUGCGAUAACCCGACACCGCACAAUGGUGGGCAGCAUUGUAGAGGCAACGAUAUCGAAUAUGCGAGGUGCCGAGAGGAGCCUUGCAACGAACACAAGAAAACUUUAACGACUGAUUGGUACGAUGUUUCGACUCUGCAAAAAAGAUUUAAGAUAACCUGCAAAGCACCGGUGAAACAUCAGAACCAGAUCAAAAUCCAAAUAAGAGAUGAAGAGAAACAUUGUUCCAGCGCGAAUUGCAACUAUGAGGAAAACGAGUAUGCAGGCUGGACUCCCUGGAAUAAUUGGAACGACUGCUCCGUUACUUGCGGUGGGGGUGUACAGAGACGUACGAGGUACUGCAAGAGGGGCAGAAAUUGUAUAGGAGAAUCUACCCAGACAAGGGAGUGCAAUACGCACAACUGCGAGGACACUUGGGGGUGCUGGUCAGAAUGGUCUCCCUGUAAUGUUUCGUGUGGUUGGGGCGUUAAAACCAGAUCAAGAAUUUGCUUAGGGCAGAAAUGCAAUGGACCCCCAAUUGAACAGCAGCCUUGCGAGGAUCAGCCGUGUGAAGGUAUUUUGGGCUGGGGAAAUUGGACAGAAUGGUCACUGUGUGAUGACAACAGUGAACAACACAGGAAAAGAAGAUGUUUUCACGAGAAUCCAGGGCCGUACAUGUGUCAAGGAAAAGCUGUCGAGUUGAGGAUGUGCUUGGGUGAAAUUUCGAAUGAAAUUUUUGCACUAGGAAACCAAAUGGAGCAGUCUUCCUGUGUCUCAAUAGGACUAUCCUUCUUCUUCAUUGGUGCCAUUGUGGGUAUUUUACCAGGCCUGAUAUAUUUGAUAUUCUACAUACUCAGGAGGAAGAAAAACACUAUUCCUAGUUCACCGCAUUAUAUGACUGCUCAACAAAAUCCAUACAUAUCCGUCCCAACGAGAGAAAAACUGUCAAAGAAACAAAACAACUGUUCUAGUUCAUGUUCUCCAAAUGGGACAACAAAAUCCAUCAAACAUUACGCGGACGAUUUUGAGGUCCCGUCAAUGACUUUGAAGAGGAAUAGUCAUGAAGUUAGGAAUGGUCAUUCCAAGCUUUAUGAGGGUGACAAGUUCUUGUAUGACUGAUAUAGUCUCACUGAUUAUGGAUUUUUGGAUUUCAUAAUAAACACUUAUGAUCU